CCCAGGAGCCAGCAAACAACUGUAACUGGGACAAAGCUGAGAGACACGGGGAGCCUCCCCCCAACUCGUAGCUUGGAGGGACUUGUUUUAUAAGCAGGAUUCAAUUAUUUGUUUGCUGCCCAUAAGAGCUUUCCCCAAUUGUAUUCUAGGGACCAGCAUCCAGGAUUGAAUAGACGUGGAGGAGACAUUUCAGCUCCUUUCGUAAAUCAAAUCUCGCUUUCCUUAUUCCAUUUGGGGAGCCAGAGAAAAACUAGAAAGUAAUGAACAAAGCUUCCAGACGCAAGGUUCGUCUUCCAGGCCUCGUGGAAAAUCAGCCUCUUCAUCCAGCGGAGACUGCCGUGGGAACCCUUUUGCCUGAACGCUUUGCCCCAGCAAAGCAGGAGCCGUCCAAGGAGCUGCGGCCCGUGAUUGGGACGAUAACCGUGGGGCUCCUGUUGUUCAUCGCGGCGGUGGUGGCGUGGUGCUACUACACGGCGUCGCUCAGGAAGGCGGAGCAGCUGAAGACGGAGCUGAUGGACUUGAGGAAGGACGGCUUCAUCAUCAAGAACCAGGACGGGGAGGUGGUCUUCAGACUGGCCUUCCAGUCGGGCACCCUCGACCUGGAGUCCUGCUCCAAGGAAGGGGAGAUCUUAACCUGCACCCGGUCGGACAAGGGGAAGCUGAACUUCUUCAUCCAGACCGUCAAGCACAAGGACACGGUGAUGUGCUACCGCGUGCGCUGGGAGGAGUUCGUGGCCGACACGGUGGUGGAGCACACCAUGUUCUGGGAGGACGCGCACUGGUACGGGGGCUGCGAGAUGAGCGUGCAGCACUGGCCCAUCCGGCUCCCGGGCUACCAGGAGCCCACGCCCUUCAUGACGAGCGACGUGUACUCCUUCCGGGACAGCUUCGGGGGCAUCCUGGAGCGGUACUGGCUGUCCUCGAAGGCGGCCGCCAUCAAGAUCAACGACUCGGUGCCCUUCCACCUGGGGUUCAACGCCACCGAGCGGUCCCUUUUCUUCCAGGCCCGCUACAAGGAUUCGCCCUACAAGCCUCCCCUGGGGCAGCAGCCCUUCCCGGAGCUGAGCUACAGGGUGUGCGUCGGCUCGGACGUGACCUCCAUUCACAAGUACAUGGUGCGGAGGUAUUUCAACAAGCCGUCCAAGAUCCCGUCGGAAAACGCCUUCCGCUACCCGAUCUGGUCCACCUGGGCCCUGUACAAAAACGACAUCGACCAGGACAAGGUUCUUGAUUUUGCGGGAAAGAUCAAAGCGCACGGGUUCACGUGCAGCCACAUCGAAAUCGAUGACAUGUACACGCAAGCUUACGGCGACUUCGACUUCGACCCGGGGAAGUUCCCCAACGUGACGGGCAUGUUCCGAAAACUGAAGGAAGACGGAGUUAAAGUUACGCUCUGGAUUCAUCCCUUUGUACACAGAGAGUCCGCCAACUUUGGCGUGGGGAUAGAGAGGCAGCUGUUCAUCACGGAGCCGACGGGGAGACUCCCCGCCAUGGUGGAGUGGUGGAACGGCAUCGGGGCCAUCCUGGACUUCACCAACCCAGCGGCCAGGGAGUGGUUUCAGAGCCACCUGCGGCAGCUGCGCUCAAAGUACGGCAUCUCCUCCUUUAAGUUCGACGCCGGAGAGACGAGCUACCUCCCGAAGCAGUUCAGCACCUUCCGGCCCUUGUCGGACCCCAGCAUCUGGUCCCGCCGGUACACCGAAAUGGCCAUCCCCUUCUACGAGCUGGCCGAGGUUCGUGUCGGCUACCAGUCCCAGAACAUAUCGUGCUUCUUCCGCAUCAUCGACCGCGACUCAGUGUGGGGCUACGAGCUCGGCCUCAAGUCCCUCAUCCCGACUGUGCUCACCAUCAGCAUGCUGGGGUAUCCUUUCAUUUCGGCGGACAUGAUCGGGGGCAACUUUUUCCCGAACAAGACAGAAGGAGCGGUUGAAAUCCCCGACCGGGAGCUGUACAUCCGCUGGCUGGAGCUGUCGGCCUUCAUGCCCUCCAUGCAGUUCUCCAUCCCGCCCUGGCUCUACGACAAGGAGGUGAUCGAGAUUGCUCAGAGGUUCACGGAGCUGCACGAGUCCCUGGUCGCCCCUCUGCUGCUGGAGCUGGCCGGGGAGAUCACGGACACGGGGGACCCCAUCAUCCGGCCCAUCUGGUGGAUUUCCCCGAGCGACGAAUCCGCCCACAAAAUCGACUCCCAGUUCCUCAUCGGGGACACGCUCAUGGUGGCCCCAGUGCUGGAGCUGGGGAAGCAAGAGCGCGACGUGUACCUCCCCGCCGGGAAGUGGCGCAGUUACAAAGGGGAGCUGUUUGAGAAGACCCCGGUCCUGCUGACGGACUAUCCAGUCGACCUGGAUGAAGUUGCUUAUUUCCUCUGGGUGUCUUAACGGGCUCCCCCAUCGGCUUCAAGCUUUGCAAGGCUAAUGAACUUUAUAACCAAGGAAGCGUUUUAUGUCCUGAGAUCAAUACCCCAUGCUAUGAUAUUAUGGAUAGCAAUAACCAUUGCACAGAGCGAUUUCUGAAUGGUAAUAAUCUGGGCACACCGCAAUCUUUUUAUAAGCAUUUUGACACUUAAAAUGUCCCUUUCUAAAGCUUGAGCAUCUUGGUCUUGGUAUCAUGUAUAUGUACAGCAUAAGGAAAGCACAGAUUCUGCUCGCUAUGCUCUCCUCAGAGAGCAAUGACUCUGACACUGUUUUUCUUUAAAGGACAUUGUGUGGGUUGGUUGGUGACUCCAUCGCCCUGCUGAUUCAAUUUUAUUUUUUUGUAAUAUAAAGUGGCUUUGCUCUCGGUGCUGGCAUUGCUUGCAGCAGAAUAAUUUUUAAGCAUGAUUCAUGCGAUACUCCUGCAGAGACAGAGGCUCCUGUCAUCAGCUCAUGUGACAGGUUUGCAAAAGGUAGCAGAGCCGUGGCUGCAAACACAAUGAUCUCAGCACGGAGAAGUUAAGGUUGACAUCAGUCUCAAACAUCUUGCUGAGGGAGAUUACUGACUGAUCUACCUACAGAAACCCAGCAAGCCUAUCUCUGGUGCCAAUUUGUUAACCCAUGUAAUCCACGCCUGCAUUUUAUUGCCUUUGGAGAUUUAAUCCCCAAACCAGUGGGAUGGAAGGAUGUGCUUGAAACUUGUGCAGACUCCAAGUUCAGGGAUUUCAUUUCUUAUAUGCGUGAGAGAGCUGCCGCAGGACUCAAGAGACCGGCGUCGUUCCAGACUUUGCCACUGACCUUGGGCAUGCAAAGGGACCUCAGGAGACCAACUCGGCCACCUCUCCGCUCAAGACAGGAACAGCCCUGCCUGUGCCUCAGUUUCCCCAUUGGUAGAGUGGGGGUAGUGGUGCUGUGCCAUUCGAUCUAAUGAUAUCCCGUGCUAUAAACGAGUGGGGAAUUAUGGCGACAAACGUAAUUUUCUCUAAGACAUAUCUAGGAUGCCUUUAUCCUCUGGAAAAGCAAUCUGCUCCCCGCUCCAUAUGCCUUCCUGUGAAAUAAACUUUCUGUGAAAUGCUGUCCUGCUUGUCCUCACCAUUUUCGAGUUGGAAAGAUAUCGAAAUACCGGCAGGGGACAGGGCAAGGGGUGGGAAGACGUUCUUCCCCGCCCAGUGGAAGUGACCAAACCGGAUCAUAUUCUGGGUAUAUCCUGGCUGGGAUCUCUGUUAUCAAUGCAUCCCAAAGGCUGUAUCGGCCUUUUUUCAGUGGUAGUUCUGGGUCCUUUCUAGGAAAAAGCACUGUACUUAUUUCACAUCUCAUAGUAGCAACAAGAUGUUCACUACCGCUGUGCUGGAACCCAGAUAUGAUGGUUGGGACACGUUUCU